AUGUUUAUUUUAACCCGGUUCUGUUUACACCCGAAACACCGCGAGGCCUCGGCGUCUGGAGUUACUGGAUCCAGACCUGGAGACGCACCAAGCACGCGCCGCGACCUGUUUGGCCUCGGGGGCGCCGCGUCCCCGCAUCCCGGCUCCCCACCGCCCACUCCAGCGCCGCGCUCCCCUCAGCCCCAGGUGGCCCGAGGCGUCAUCCGGCUGGGGGUCUCUGGGGUCGGAUUGUUCUCCAAAGACGCCACCGCCCGGGAACCGCUAGGCUGUACGAUUUCCAUGACAACCGCGGGCGCCGUCCGCGUCCGGCGCGCCCGGCGUCGAGACGUGCGCCGCGCCCCGACUCCGCCCUGGGAGCAUCCCGGUCUCCGGCGACUCCCGGCCGCCGCGAUGCUCCCGGCCCGGCCACCUACCUGGCGCGUCCGGGCCCGCGGCGCCCGCGCCCUGCGUCCCCGCCGUCCUCGGUCCCGCCGGGGCGCGCACCCGAGCCCCGCAGCAGCAGCGCCGCCUCUGGGUCGCGAAGCCGCCUCUGGGCUGCGGUCUGGCUCCAGGUGUCGGUCCCCGUCCCGGCCCGCGGGGCGCACCCCAGCCGCGAACCCGCAGCCCGCGCUGCAGCUCCGAGCCCGCCUCCGCUGCCGCCGCAGCCGCCGCCGUCGCCGCUCCGGAGGCCACGCCGGCCCCGCCCCCUCGCCACGCAUGCGCGCUCCCCCAGCUCCCGGCAGGCCCGCCCUCACCCCGGCAGAUCCUCCUCCGCGGCGUUCCGUGUGGGUUCCUUCGGAACUCGCUCUCCGCUGUGACGAAAUCGCCUGCAAGGAGCUCUUGAACUUCUGCACUUUAAUUGGACGAUGGCGUUUUCGCCCUUAA